AUGUCCACCCUCGUCUCCUCCAACCUCCCCCACGACUUUCUCCGCGAGAUCUCCACCCUCGAGCGCGAGGUCCUCAAGCACUCCCCCUCCGACAUCCUCCAGUUCUGCGCCAACUUCUUCCACCGGCGACUCGAGUCGCAGCGCGCCGAAUUCCACCUGCAGCAGCGGCAUUCCAGUGGCGCGGGAAUGGCCGAGAGUUCCUUCCCGGGCAGCAACCCGUUCGGGGGUAGCACAGAGCGGGCCGGCGGUGGUGGGCCGGGCGUCGCUUCCCCUUUCUCCCCCACCAGCUCUGCGCCUGCCGUGGGCGGAGGGGGAAGUGGCAUGCACGCGCUUGCCGAAGAGGAGGAGCACGAUUUCGGCAGUCCCACCGCUACUUCCUUCUCCCCCAGCGCGCGCGAAGUCAGUGUGGGACCGGGCGGGGAGACCUUCGGCACCUUCGGCUUCUCAUCCUCCAACACAACCUCCUCCCGCUCCAACCCUCCCCCCUCCGCCUCCGCCUCCGCCUCCUCCUCCUCCAUGGACGCCCCGCAAUCCUUCCCCAACAACUACCACCUCGGCCGCCGCACCUCCGUCUCCGCCGAAUCCCUCGCCCCCGCCUCCGCCGACGACACCCACUGGAAAGCACCCGCCUACCCCAAAACCCCGGACCAACUCGCCCGCCUGCGCACCGCCGUCUCCCACAACUUCCUCUUCUCCCACCUCGACGACGAGCAAUCCACCCACGUCCUCGGCGCCCUGCAAGAACGCAAGGUCCCCGCCGCCGACAUCCGCGUCAUCGUGCAAGGCGACGCGGGCGACUACUUCUACGUCGUGGAAAGCGGGCACUUCGACAUCUACGUCUCCCGCACCGGCCGCGUGGAACCGGGCCCCGACGGCCUGGGCACCAAAGUCGCCGAGUCCGGCCCGGGCACCUCCUUCGGCGAACUCGCCCUCAUGUACAACGCCCCGCGCGCCGCCACCGUCGUGAGCACCGCCCCCAGCGUCCUCUGGCAGCUCGACCGCAUCACCUUCCGCCGCAUCCUCAUGGACUCCGCCUUCCAGCGCCGCCGCAUGUACGAGUCCUUCCUCGAGGAAGUCCCCCUCCUCUCCUCCCUCACCCCCUACGAACGCUCCAAAAUCGCCGACGCGCUCGAGACGACGAAAUUCCCCGCCGGCACCACCAUCAUCCGCGAAGGGGACGUGGGGGACAAAUUUUACAUCCUCGAGUCCGGGCAAGCGGAGGCGCGGAAGCGAGGCGAAGGGGAGAAGGUGUUGAGGGUGUAUGGGAAGGGGGAUUAUUUCGGCGAGUUGGCGUUGCUGGAUGAGCGGCCCCGUGCGGCGAGCGUGUUGAGUGUGAGUGAGGUCAAGGUGGCGACGUUGGGGAAGGAUGGGUUUCAGCGGUUAUUGGGGCCGGUGGAGAGUAUCAUGCGGAGGGAUGAUCCGAGGAGGGCGGGUCAAUAAGCAUAUUAGGGGGUGAGUGAUGAGGACGGCAGCGGGGUUGGGGCCCGGGUCGAGGUUCGGAACGCUGUAGUCAGCGUCGGGGGUGAAGAUGGGUAUGGAUUGAAGAGGACUUGGCAUUUUGGGCGUUGUGAGCUGCUGGCGCGCUGUCGCUUGCUGGAUUGGGGAAGCAGGACCUACGGCACGGUAUCAUUUUUACUUUCUCCGUCGCUGGGCUUGGUAGUGUGCGUAGAGCAAGGCAGGGCAACUUGAGAAGCGUGGUUCCUCCCUUCCGAUCGCCAGGUCUUUUCCCUUCCUUCCUUUCCCUUCCCUCAUCAGC